UUUAUCCACAAUAUUGAAGGAAAAUGGCAUUCCUAGGGAACUUACCGAUUUUUGAUCACAAAGUAAGCGAAUGGCUUAUAUUCAAGGGUAAGUUGACGCAAUUUAUAAAGAUCAACAGCGUUAAGGAAGAAAACCAAAGCGGUAUUCUUUUAACUCAUCUUGAUGAAGAAUCAUAUCGCUUGUUGCGUAAUUUAGCGUAUCCCUUGGAAUUGGACACAUUAGGUUUCACAAGAUUAAUUGAGUUACUCGAUAGUCAUUUUAAACCAAGACAAGGCUCAUUUGUUGACAAGGCGAAAUUUUACGGAGCUAGUAGAAGUCCAGGCGAGAAAUUAGGAGACUGGGCGGCGCGACUGAGAGGUCUGGCAAGCUAUUGCGACUUUGGCACCGCUUUGGAAACGAAUCUGAGGGAUCGUUUCGUCCUCGGCUUGGGCGCCGGCCCGGAACGCGAUAAGUUGUUUGAGCAAAAUGCGUCGACGCUGACGUUGACGAGGGCUAUAGAGUUAGCGGAGCAAGCGGCCUGUGCUAAGCAGGCGAAAGUCAUGUGUAAAGAAGAAUCUGCUAUAUUGAAGGAAGAGCCGAUACUGCGAGCAAAAUUUCAAACCGGCCGAGGCGAUCAACAGCGGCCCGGCGCGGCGCGCGGCGACGUAGCGGAUAUAUCAUGUCGUUGCUUGGUUUGCGGAUUAAAAAAUCACACAAGUGAGAAAUGCCGCUACAAGACUUAUAAAUGUCAGAAAUGUGGUGUCAAAGGCCAUCUGAAGAAAGUGUGUACAGCGGCUAAAAAAUCGUCCGACCAUCAGAUUCAUCAUUGCAAUUCGACAAUGGAAUAUCAAGCCCCUGAAAACAUUGCCUUGAAUUGUGAGGAAUGUCAAAAUUUUAAUUUGAGGUAUGUAACCGAUAAGCCAAUUUUGAUUGAUGUUUGUUUAGGUGGUAAAAUUAUUUCCAUGGAAUUAGAUUCAGGCUCUGGUAAUAGCGUAAUUUCCGAGAAAUUGUAUGAAAAAUAUUUUUCAACCUAUAAAUUGCACCAGAGUUAUUUAAGAAUGUGCCUAUAUGAUGGAAGUAAAAUAAUUCCCUUAGGAUAUUUUACUAUUGAAGUGUUCUAUAGUAAUACAAAAAAGCAAUUAAAGAUUUUUGUAGUGAGAAAUGGAGGUCCUCCUCUAUUAGGUAGGGAUUUUAUGUCUGCAUUUAAUUUAGUGAUAACAAGCGGCUUAUACUCUGUUACAAAUAAGAAUGAGUUAGAGCAAUUACUGGCAAAGUUUUCGAACUUGUGGCGUGACGAGCUGGGUGCGUUUAAUAAGUUUAAAGUUAAAUUACAGCUUAAGGAUAACUCCAAUCCUAAAUAUUUUAAACCACGUAGUGUACCCUUUGCUCUCAGAGAAAAAGUAGAACAAGAAAUUGAUAGAUUAGUCAAGUUAGGUAUUCUUGUUCCCGUUAACCAUUCUGACUACGCUACACCUAUUGUUCCCGUUUUAAAAAGCGAUGGUCAAGUCAAGAUUGCUGGUGAUUUUUCAAUUACAUUAAACAAAGAUCUUAUUAUUGAUAAAUAUCCGUUACCUCGUAUAGAGGAAGUGUUCGCGAAAAUUGGAGGUGGUGAACGGUAUAGUAAAAUUGACUUAAAAAAUGCCUACAAUCAAUUUUUAUUAGAGGAAUCGUCUCAGGAUCUCACUACAAUUAAUACGCAUAAAGGGCUUUUUAAAUAUACUCGUUUAGUUUACGGCUUGGCGAACGCGCCGGCAAUUUUUCAGAAGUCAAUGGAGUCGUUGCUUUCAGGCAUUAAAGGGGUAAGUGUCUGGUUGGAUGAUAUUUGUAUAACCGGAUCAGAUUCGGAUAUUCAUUUAAAGAGACUGCACGAAGUUCUGAGUAGGCUGAAUGAUGCUGGAUUAAGACUUCAAAAAGAAAAAUGCGAGUUUUUCAGGGAAAGCGUACAAUACUUAGGUUAUGUUAUUAGCAAGGAAGGACUUCAAACUUGUCCCGAUAAAGUAAAGGCUAUUCUAAACGCGCCAGACCCGACUAACGUCAGUGAGGUAAAGAGGUUCUUAGGUGUAGUUAACUAUUAUAGAAAUUUUAUCCCUAAUGCGUCUUCAUUAUUGAACCCUCUUCACGAGCUAUUGCGAAGUGAUGUUCCGUGGGAGUGGGGAGAGCGACAACGGCGCAGCAUGGCGGCCGUGCGCCGCGAGCUAGCCUCGGAGCGCGUGCUGGCGCACUUCGACCCCGCCGCGCAGCUCGUGCUGAGCGUGGACGCCGGCCCGGCCGGGCUCGGCGCGGUGCUGGCUCAGCGGACUGCUGACGGCGCCGAGCGGCCCCUGGCAUAUGCAUCGCGAUCCCUAGCGGCUAGCGAACGAAAUUACAGCCAAAUUCAAAAAGAGGCGACCGCCAUUAUAUUUGGCGUCAAGCGAUUUCACCAGUAUCUUUAUGGCCGUGAUGAUCCUUUCAUUUUAAAAACGGAUCAUAGGCCGCUAGUAUCGAUAUUUAACAAUAAGUCCGGUAUACCGAUAACUACAGCCUUGCGUUUGCAAAGGUAUGCGAUUAUAUUAUCGGCUUAUAAUUAUACAGUACAAUAUGUAUCUAGCGAAAACAAUGCAGUAGCAGAUUUUUUUUCACGCGCUCCUUUACAGGUAAAGUCAAUCGACGAAAAUGGUAAGGAUGUCGACAGUCUUUAUGCCCUGAAAUUUUUGGACGCGGCGUCACCGGCUACCGCCUUGAAAGAUAUCAUACUAGCGACCCAACAAGAUGAAACCAUAAUGACUGUAGUAAAAUAUUUGCAAUAUGGUUGGCCCAGAAAAAUUAGUUGUACGUCUGUUUUACCGUAUUUCCAAUGUAAAUCGGAUUUGCAGUUUGAAAAUGGUUGUCUUUUGAGAGGACAUAGGAUAGUGAUACCUUCAAAGCUUAGAAAUAAGAUGUUACAGGAAUUGCACGAUUCCCACUUAGGUAUAACCAAGAGUAAAAGUAAUGCUCGUAGUAGAAUGUGGUGGCCGGGCAUCGAUGGUGACAUCGAGCGCUGGGUGGGAGCGUGUGCGGCGUGCGUGUCGGCGCGCGGGGCCCCGCCGCGCGACCCGCCCGCGCCCUGGCCCGCCGCCGCCCGCCCGUGGCAGCGCAUACACAUCGACUAUAUGACUAUAGGGCAAAGGCAUGUAACAAAUAAUAGAGACAGGGAAGUUGGCAGAGAUUGUGAGGAGGAGGAAAGUGAGAGAAUCAUUGAAAUUCAAAAUGACUCCUCAGCCGAGCAUAGUUCUGAGCAAGUGCAGGGCGUCAGUAGCGAUGCAGCGGUGGUAGAUCCGCCGGAAACUCUCACUCGCCCUAGACGAAAUGUUCCACGGGUUCUUAAAAUAAGUGUGGAGGAAUGA